AUGUCAGGCAUGGCAGCUCGACUCCAGCACAACCGGGACAGAGCUCAUGGGAUCGGGACCAACUCCAAGGCUGUGAAAUACCUGAACCAGGACUAUGAGAGUCUGAGGAACUCCUGUCUGGAAAGAGGACGCCUGUUUGAGGAUGACUGCUUCGGAGCUGAGGUCUCAUCUUUGGGCUUCAAAGAACUCGGACCAAGUUCCUACAAAGUCCGAGGAAUCUCCUGGAUGAGACCGACGGUGGGUACCUGAGGAGGACAGAAGUGAAGGAUUUAAGAUCAGACUGGUGUCAUGUGACUGCACUUAUUUCACAUGAACAAAAAGUACAAGCCUAGGGCGACAGUUACCUGACAGAUCCAGUUCUUUGGGUGAAUAUUUUUAGACUAAGAAAUUAUAAAAAAUUGCCUUUUUAUAGUUCAUAGGUUACUGCGUAUGUUUGGUGAUGCACUGCUUAUCCAAAUAUCAGUAAAAACAAAAGUCAAAAUAUAUUAUUUUUGUUGCAAAUCUGAAACUGCAGCUCUUCUUGUGUUAUUUGCAUCAUUGCAAACUAAACUUAAAGUUUGAUUCACUGCAGCUCAGUUCAAAAAUAAAUACAUAUCAUGUCUUAGAGUUUGUCUGAACCAAAGAGCUGCACUCUGCACAGAAUAUAUUUGUAAUUUUGGUGUCCUGUGAAUCAUUCCUGUCAAGUUGUAGAUGAAUACAGUUUGAGACGUCAAAAAAAGAGGAUUUGCAUUAAUGAGCUUUGCAACUUUACUCACUUUAAUCUUUGUUUUUUCUGCAGGAGUUAGUCUCAAAUCCCAAAUUCAUCGUUGAAAAUGCCACCAGGACUGAUAUCUGUCAAGGAGCACUCGGUAAAAACCACACGCAUGACUUCAAACAUCUUUAAAACCACAACUCUAUUUUCUGGACUUGAGCUUUUUUCUAAUCUAUCAGUCAUAUUUAAAUGAAUUUCAAUGGCACAGUUAGAUGUUAGUAACCCGUCUCUGUCUGCAGCAGUUUGCAUGGAUGGUUUUGCAUGUUUAUCUCAGACUUUAGCCUCCGCUCUUUCUGGCUCUUCUGUUACUGAGCAGAGUCACCUUGCAGAUCCAGAAUCUUUCACCUGAGCAGUAACUCCUCACUAUUAACCUCCCACUCAAACCUCAGACUCGGAGUAAAUGCCUUUGAGCUGACAUCAGCUGUCACUGUGUACAAAACAUCCCAACAACUCCCUCAGCCCUCGCUGCCGACACCCAACCCGUGAGAAAACUAGUUUCAGACUGAUAAACGGAGAAACAAUAAACCAAACGGCGGAGGUGUGUUAGAGAGAGCAGCGACUGCAUGUGCAGGGUGUUUUAGAGAUGUGUCACAGCGAGGCUCACCUGAGAGUUUUAACUCUUUAAAGUCCCAGUGAGAAGAUUUUAUCUGGUUAUGAAUCAGGUUGUUAUUUCUACGAAGUGUCAUUGAAAUCCUGAUCACGGUGAAGUGAGGAGUUUUUUCCUGGUUAUGAAGCAGUCUGAUGUUAUAUUUAUAUUUCUAUACGACCUGUUAGAGCAGAGGAGACCCCUCAGCAUAAAGGUUUUAACUCAUUUAUUUUGUUUUCUCUGUAAAAGAUGCUAAGAUAUACAGACUUACUGUGAAACCACUCUCAGCUUUGAUCUGUUAAUCUGUUCAUCUGUAAACAUUAAUCUGAUUCCAGUGAAAAUAUGUGUUUUAGUCUGUCCACCAAUCAGAGCCUCUAUCUGCUAUUACAGUUUUUUUUCAGUCGCUAGCAUGCGCUUACCCAUUCUUCAGAUACUUUUAACACAGACUCACACCUACAAAGCACAAGUGGCCAAAUGGAUCAUUUUCUUCUCAAAAACACAUUUUGUUAAAUAUAAACUAACUCAAUCUGACUCAAAAUGAAAUUAUUCUUUCAAAGAAAAACACCUGUUUUCACUUCAUAAGGUACAUGCAGUCAAUCAAAGUACACCAGCUUUGAAAAUAAGAAUAAUAAGAACUUUAUCAAUCCCCGAAGGAAAAUUCAGUUGUUUGUUGUCUCACAUAAUAUGUCUCUAAAUGUUAUCUAUUUUUUACACAAGAGUUAUAAAGUCUGAUGGCUGUUGUCUCAGAGGAGCCGUCCGCCAACAUUGGCCCUUUGGUCCACCAAGGCGUUGUGAAGUGGGUGAUCCAUGUUCUUUAGAAUACUGACUAUUGCUGACAUUACAAAAACUAUAUAGACCUUUAUGUUUCAGUUUUACAGGUAUUUACAUGCAAAACAUGUAAUCCACCGUCUUUACACUAAAUUUCUUGGUUGGGAACUGUUUGUCCACAUGUAAUGUUCACAUUCAGAGGCAUUCCAGUAAAAAAAAAUUUUUUUUUCCUUUAUUGUUUACUCCAGGAGUUACAGUAAAUACAGAAAUACUGUUUACAAAAUGAUAGAACAGAAAAAAGUUUACAGUAUUGUUUAUAGUGAACAAAAUAUCCAUGAAACACACAAGAGCAUUCUGAACAAAAAUAAAUGAAUAAAUAAAGAUAACAGCAAAAAGCCCAGAUAAAAGGGGAGAACUAAAAAAAGCACAAAAUGACUGAAUCUAAUCUCUGCGAUCUCCAGGGUUAGGCCGCAUGUUUUCAUCAACAUCUGAUAUUAUCCGAGAUGAUCCACCUGGGAUAAAACCGCUUAGUAUGUCGGAUCCACCCUUGGCCUAAUUUACCCAACAUAAACCAGCUGUGUGCCAAUUAUUCAAUUGUUUGUUUAUUAUCAGCUGAGAUAAAUUGUUUUUGAAGUGGUAUCAUUGCAGAAUCAGUGGUUUUUAUUCUGUAUUCGAAGGUUUGGAAUAUUGUUUUUGCUAAUGUGGGAUGUUGGGUGUUAACAUUCAUAAAUAAAACAAAAACAAUCCAUCAUUUUAUUGGGAGGUCUCGCUCAGCUGUUAAGAAAAUGUAAGCAUUGUGGAAAUGUGUUCACUGACUGCAUAUUGUGUGAAAAACGACAUGAAAUGUGUGAACGGUACGACCACAAAAGACAGACGCUGUGAUAAAUGUGUUUAGAGUUUUGACAAUGUGACGACUGGUCGGACAAACGCUUGUUAGCGACUGAAAAGAACGUAAUUCACCUCUGAGGUUCAGUCAGACACUAAAGCCAGACAUGAAAGUUCAACAUCAGUAUAGAAAUAUAAAAGAUAGAACUGUUAUAGAUGUCUCUCUGUAGAUCCAGUCUGUCAACGUUUACUUCACUCGGAGGGUUUUCACGAGUUCCUCUUUCCUCUCUGCUAACUCGUGUGACUUCUGUGUUCAGGUGACUGCUGGCUCCUGGCAGCUAUUGCAUCGCUGACUCUCAACAAACAGGUUUUGUGCCGCGUGGUCCCUCAUGACCAGAGCUUUGAGGAGAACUAUGCAGGAAUCUUCCACUUUGAGGUGAACUAUGUGGACAGACAAACAAACCACUUCAGUCUCAUUCUUCAAGAGUCUCAGCAGCUCAAACCGGUUAUUUUCUGACCUGAUCGAUUGCGUCUGGUUUGUUUCUCUCAGUUCUGGCAGUUUGGUGAGUGGGUGGAUGUGGUGGUGGACGACCGCCUGCCGACCAAAGAUGGAGAGCUGCUGUUUGUUCACUCUGCAGAGAAUACAGAGUUCUGGAGCGCCUUGCUGGAGAAAGCUUAUGCCAAGUAAAGAUGGAGAAUCUUCAUUUACUUCCUCUCUGCUUCUCAUAAACAGAAAUAUUAAACCUUUUCUCCUUCAGGGUUAACGGAUGCUACGAGGCUCUCUCUGGAGGCUCCACCACUGAAGGUUUCGAGGACUUCACCGGAGGAAUCGCAGAGAGACACGAGCUGAACAAAGCUGAUCCUCACCUCUUUAAGAUCAUCAGGAAGGCCUUGGACAGAGGCUCCCUCCUGGGAUGCUCUAUCGAUGUAUGUUUCACUCUUCAUGUGUGGUUAGUUUCCUUCUGUCAUCUCGAUGUUUUAACCUUACAAACUUCUCCUCAACGUCACAGAUUACAAACGCGGCCGACUCAGAGGCCGUCACGUACCGUAAGCUGGUGAAAGGUCAUGCGUACUCGGUGACUGGAGCAGAGCAGGUGAGGAAAUACUCAUGCCUGUUUCAAAGAGUGUAUAAAAAAACCUUGAUUGUAGUGUUUAGUGAGUUUUAAUCUCAUUGUCCUUUGUCAGGUGAGCUUCAGAGGGCGUAUGGUCCAGCUGAUCAGGAUCAGAAACCCCUGGGGUCAGGUGGAGUGGAACGGAGCCUGGAGUGACAAGUGAGGACUCAAGUCUUCAGGCCAAGAAAAGCAAUAAAUGUUCUCAUAUUGGCAUUGAAAUAUGAAUUAAUGUAUUUUAAAAACAACAGUCAAAGUUAGAGAAGACAGAGAGUAUAGAUGUUUGGAGUUAAGAGUGAACCUGGACCUCCCAAACCGGACUAGAACAGAGAGAGACCUUUAGGACCCAGCCUACAUGAAGCAUCUUUAUCCUUUGUCUGAAUGACAGUGUGAAGUGUGUGUGUGUGUGUGUGUUUUUGUCAUGUAUGUCACACACCCUGUGGAGAGACUGGUAAUUCCUGUGGUAAUUAAUCUGACUCUAUAGCUCAUCAUGUGCAGGUGGAGCGCGCUCUGUUCAGUCAGCUGGGACUUCUGGUUUAUGAGAACUGAUCUGCACAGUCAUGUGAUGUUCCUCUGAACUCACGGGCUGCUGUUUGUUGUUUUGGUGUCAAUCUUGAUUUUCUGGACUCAGACAUGAGAGUCGAAGAGUAAAAUUGUCAUCGCCACAGAAGAAGAUAACGUUCGUGUCGGAGGUGCUCAUCGUAGGACCUGCACAUUCACAAAACUCCUGCUUAUAAUGGAGCUUCAUGGGGAUUGACUCCCAUUUGAAGCCAGCCUCUAGUGGCCCCUCCAGGAACUGCAGUUUGAGCCUGUUUUUUUUAUCUCUAACUUCUCGUAGGUCUUCUGAGUGGAGAUAUGUGAGCGACGAUGAUCGAGAGAGGCUGCAUGACCGCUGUGAGGACGGAGAGUUCUGGUAAAACUUGUUGGAGAUUUUUUAAUUUUCUUCUUCAUUCUGCAGAAAAACUCGUCUUAAAGGCGGUGUAGUCAGGAUCUGAUGAAGUUCUAGUUUUUAGGAGAAAUCUUGAAUGUAAACUCUACCCCUCCCAACCAGUUUUCCCCUCAGCUCUUCCUCUCUCCUCAAGCCCCGCCCACAAACAGACGCUCCUGCUCGCUCGUAUCGUUCCAAUUAAAUUCAGAUAUAAUGCAGAUAAAUACUUCAGAUCAUUACAAAUGGGGCCCAGUCAAGGUGAAAGUCAAAAGCAUUGGUGCUACUGUAGAUGCCAACAGACUACCAGCAAACACAAUGUUUGCAGGACUUCUACAACGAGGAUAAAGUGACAUAGUCCAGGACACGAGGGAGGACAGUUUAGCGAUGGCGCUACAACACGCUACAGCAGGUCCGUUUGACAAGAAACACUUCUGUUACAGACACUUGUCUUACUUUGUUAAAGCGGUUUACCUGUCCAGCAGAAAGGUUACAGGGUCACCAAGAUCCCCAAGCGUCCCCCAUCGUUUAUGUUGACCCGGCUUUUUAGCUCUUGUCCGGUCUACCUCCGUUUUAAGCGCCCGUUAUUCCUCCAGAGUCUCCGGUAUUUACUUUGUUUUCUUGCUUGUGUUGGCAGUCGUGGCCAAAGGAGGAUUCAGACAAUUUUCCGAACUUUCUGGUUGGUUUCUACUGUCCGAUAUUGUAGCACGCUAACUUUGUUUGGGCUCCUGAACGACACGGGGGAGCAGCGUCUGCCUCACAACCAAUCAGGUUAGAGGAGGUGGAGAACGGCUUUGUUUACAAUAAUUUAAAAUGUUGAUGACACAGACACAAGAGAACACAGAGAUAUCGUUAUAUCCCCAAAUGUCAUCAAUAACUAAUAACUAUUGACUGAUAUUAAAAGCCUUUUUGUAUAUAAACCACAAAAACAGAUGCUUCUCUAACGGGUUCCUGCCUACCCCACCUUUAAAGGUUCAGGUGUGAACGUGUUUCUUUGUACACAGGAUGGAGUUCUCAGAGUUCCUCCAUCAGUAUUCUCGACUCGAGAUCUGCAACCUCACCCCCGAUGCUCUGACCGGAGAUGACUUCAAGAAAUGGGCGGAGACGGAGUUCGAGGAGACGUGGAGGAGAGGCUCGACUGCUGGUGGAUGCAGGAACUAUCCAAGUAGGAGCAGUUUCAUGUUUAACUCUAGAUCUCAGUCUGUCAUUAUUGUGUGUUUACCAAAAACUAAACACAAACGUCCUUUUGUAGACACCUUCUGGAUGAAUCCUCAGUUUGUGAUCAAACUGGAUGAGGUGGACGAUGAUCCUGAUGACGGUCAGGAGGGCUGCACCAUGAUCGUGGGUUUGAUGCAGAAAAACAGGCGCCGGAUGAGGAAGAUGGGCGAAGACAUGGAGACCAUCGGCUUUGCUAUCUAUGAAGUAAGAACCUGAAUCCAAAUCUGAACUAGAAAAGCACUAUGAGAGCGCAGACCUCCGCCAAGCAGCUCCUGUCCCCCCUUAAACAAGAAAUGCCCUGACUGGGAUUCAAACCCAGGACCUUCUGGUUGGGAGGCAGCAGUGCUAACCACUACACCACUGUAUCGCCUAUCUACACCACUGUGCCGCCCAUUGGUUAUCUUUCAUCCUCCUGGGGCUGAGACGCACCUCUGGUGAAAAUUUCAGGUCAAUUCGUCUGUUACUUUUUCUGUAAAGUUGCUAACAGACAAACGAACCAACGCUACUGAAAACAUAACCUCCUUGGCGGAGGUAAAAAGGGUGUCGUUGGAAUUUUCAAUGCUGAAAGAUAACCAGUUGGUGGCACAGUGGUGUAGUGGUUAGCACUGUCACCUCACACCCAGAAGGUCAUGGUUUGAAUCCUGGUCAGGAUUUUUUCUAGUUUCACAUGUUUUACAGAUGAUUAAAACUGCAUAAAUGACCGGAUAGCUGCCGUGUUCAGUCUAGUUGUUACAGAUCUAUGACAGUUAAUGUUGAGGAUGUAACAUCUGUGUGAGUAAAGUUUGUAUUUGAACCGUUUCUAACUCCUUCUGUCUCUUUUCUCUCUCCAGCUGCCUGAAGAGGUAAGUUGACAAUAUUCGCCACUUUUUUUUCUUUCUGCACUUUGACUCUUCAGGUAAGAAAACCUGACGUGUCUGAUCUGGGAUGUUUUUAGUUCUCCGGUAUGAAGCAAGUCCACCUGAGGAGAAACUUCUUCCUGAGAAACUGUUCAGCUGCUCGCUCGGAAACGUUCAUCAACCUGCGCGAAGUGUGCAACCACUUCUGUCUUCCCCCCGGAGAAUACCUCAUCGUCCCGUCCACCUUUGAGCCUCAGAAGAACGGAGACUUCUAUGUGCGGGUGUUUACCGAGAAACCGGCGGAUUUCCAGUGAGUUUCUUUCACAGAGAAGUUGAAUUUCACACUGGUAACGGUGGAAAUAUUGUGAUUAUCUAACUGUUCAUCCUUGCUGCUUUCAGUGAGAUCGACGAUCCUGUUAAAUGUGAAGUGGAGGAGGUAAAAUACAUCCUCUCUUACACUGUUUCUCAUUUUACAUCGUGAAAAGGCGAAAAACUGACGUCGUUAUCGUUCUAGGUUCAUAUAGACGAAGACGACAUCUCUGAUAGAUUCAAGAAGCUGUUUGGACAGCUGGCAGGACAUGUGAGUAUGCUAAGACUGACCUCCUGUGACCUCUUGUGUUGGAUUAUUGUUCACACACAGUCUGAGAAAGUGUGUCUGUUGUGUGAUCCUCAGGAUGUGGAGAUUUCUGCAUUUGAGCUGCAGAGGAUCCUGAACAGAGUGAUGGUCAGGAGUAAGAGAAGUCCUCCUGUUUGAUUAGUUACUGUUCGUUUUUUAACCCUGACACUCGUGUGAUUAUAUAACCAUCGUGUUUCCUGCUUUUACAGGACAAGACAUCAAAACCAGCGGCUUCAGUCUGGCAACGUGCCGCAACAUGAUCAAUCUGCUGGAUGUAUCCUUCCUUAUAUUUCUAAAAACCGUCAGAAAACAUAAACAUCAGAUCCGUGUGUUUUUUCCUCCUCCUCAUCAUUCCUGGUCGUUUCUGCGUUCACUGUGUUUUUAUUCUUUCCUUCACAUUUAAUCUCCAGAAAGAUGGAACCGGUAAACUGGGCCUGGUAGAGUUCAAGAUCCUGUGGACAAAGAUCGAGAAAUUCCUGGUGCGUUUCUUAUCUCUUCUGACGUACUUUGACUUCCUGUUGUUGAGAGCAGGUGCUGACAGUUUUUGGGCUCUCUGUUAGGAUUUGUACAAAGAGAGAGACGGAGACCAGAGUGGGUGUAUGAACUCCUCUGAGAUGAGGAUGGCUGUAGAAGCUGCAGGUGAGGAGUCGUGUGCACUCACUGUUUGUGUCCGUCGGUUUGAAUGUUCGAUAUCUUUACAUUCACUUUAAAUCUUUGAGAAUCAAAACGUCUCUGUUCAAAUCUUCACAUCCGUGCAGGUUUCUCUCUCAACAAUCCUCUCCAUCAGGUCAUCGUGGCCCGCUACAGCGAAUCAGACCUCAGCAUCGACUUUGACAACUUUGUGUGCUGCUUGAUCCGCUUAGAGUCUCUCUUCAGUGAGUUUACGAUUUUAUUACCCCUCUUUUUUUAUCUUACAGCCGUACGGAUGUAAAGUUGAGUUAUAAAGCGUCUUUAAAAUUUCCAAUAGAAACCUUCAACACGCUGGACAAGGACGGGACUGGAGAGAUAAAGCUGAGAUUCCUGGAGGUAAAACUGAUCGGUGAAAUGAUGUCAAAUGAAGAAGUAAGCGGCGAUAAAUGGACCAAACAAUGACUCUGUGUUUCCUCCACAGUGGCUGGAGCUGUCCCUAAUGUAGACGAGAGGACGCCGCCGAGGUUUAAGCGCGCUCUGUCUUUGCAGAGGUGGUCCUGACCCGUUCCUGCAUAUCUCCCCUGACUCUCUAACCCCCAAAUUUCCUCUUUCUUUAUCUUAGUUAUCAAUUAAAGGAAAAAUGCCCCCAAAAAUUACUUUAAAGCAGAAGGAAUCGGACCUUGUGUUGGAGAGUUGUCCAAUCUGAAUGUUUACUUUUGGAUCGUGUCGUGUGUGUAACUUAAUCAUUGGAUUCUGGUCUUUAGGUGAAAUAAUUUAUGAGUUUUAUGAUCAAUAAUGAAGCUGCAUUAAAAACCCCAAGAAGAAAAAACUAAUGAGUUGGUGCCACAUGAGAUCACUGUCGUUAAUUUGUAAGUUAAAGCUCCAGUGAGGAAACGAGUUCGGGUCUUUUUUUGAAUUAUUAAAGCAACCAGAGUUAUAAGUAUGAAAAUUAAUCAUCUCUAAAUUGUUUUCUUUGUCUGACUCUCUCUUUAAAAAGGAGAAGCAUAAUCUAAAGGGCAAAAUCUGCUAAAUUAGAAAUUAGAGGUAUGACUUUGUCCACAGGGGGGCGCCAAAUUCAACACAAUCAAAAAGUUCCUCGCAGGAGCUUUAAUUUAGAAAUCUUUUAAGAAAUAAAAGAAAACAGACUAAAGAGAAUUAAGUCAAAGUGUUUUGAGAUUAAAGCUGAGUUAUUAUGGUAAACAAGUUUUUGUCGUUCUAGAUGUCAUGAUGCUCCAGAAAUAAAACAUGAAGAUCAGGAAUCACGGGUGUGAAAACUGACAAAAACAACACACAAACGUUAAACAAACUUCAACACAAACAGGAUCUGCGUGAAAGAAACCAGGAGAGCCAACUGAUGGUGUCGACUCUGUUGUCGACCACGACGUAUUAUUAUUAAAACUUUAUCCAAGAUGAUGUUAGUCUGAUAAUUUCUACGAUUUUACGAUGAAUAGUUUUCUCAAAAGUUACUAAUUUCAGGUAGUAUUAUGUUUUUUUUUCUUGUUCUUAAAUCUUGAUCGUGGUGAAGUGUAAACCCCAAAGCAGACUGAGUGUUUACAGUGUCUGCAGUCUCCCAGUAGAUGUCAGAGUUCUCUCAGGGUUGGUUUUUUUCCUGCUUCGACGUCACUGACCGGGUGUUACCAAACGUGUGCCUACAGCAGUGAGAAGUUUCCUACUGACAGAGUUAUGCAGCUGCCAUUUCCUGCUCUGUGUGGUUCUGGGCUGUAUUUCCCCUUUUACUGCUUUGUCAUGUCGCUGCUGGUAAGCAGGCCCUGCCACUGCUACCAUCACACAGCCUAAGGUCACCAAAAAUGAGCUUUUUGUCUCCAUCUGUGUCAGUCUGUCUCUGAACAGACCGUCAGCUGAAUAUGAAGAAUAUUCCUGCUCUCAGAGAGUCAAAGAUUCCUGUGUCUGCACCGCGAGCACAUAGCAGGCAAGCUAUGACAUGUGUUGACAUUUCUGCACCCGGCGCUCUGCAGCUGAGGCGAGUCCGGAUGUUGGGCGGGACUCUGACUCUCUGAAAACCACUAAUCCACACAGAGGAAGAGAGGCCACCUUGAUGCUGAAACAGAGUAUCUGACUGUCUCUGUGGAGGACGUUUUUAAUUCAUUCACUCGGUUCACUUUCCAAAGAACAGGACCUAAACUGAACACGUGAAGAGUAUCACUCAUGCGUGUGCCAGUUUGGCAGCUCAGUGGCUUCAAAGCUUCCCAUUUUUCUGUGCGGUAGAACUCUUAGAAAACUGGAGUAAAGAGGACAUAAGAUUAGCAUAAAAGUACUAAGUUUUAGUUUUAGAAAAAGCUCUAUAUUCAUGAACAGAUAGCUGAAGACUAAACCAGGAUCGGCAGAUGUCCAGGUUUUUGGUCUCAGUCAGGGUUUGAGGGGACAGAACUGACAACAAACUGGACUUUUCCACAUUAUUCUAAUGUUUUUAGAUGGCGGAUUACUGAUUUUCAUGAGCUGUCAGCUGACAUCAUGAAGGUUGUUGAAACACACUGAAAUAUCCCACUCUGUGUUUGAUGAAUCAAGAAUAUACCGACUUUUCGCCUUUUGAAUUUGGGGAAAAAAAUGAACUUUUUCAGGACAUUCUGACAUCUUAUUCUGGAAAUGUCCCUCUGGAGUCCGAGGUAACCCCCUAAAGUUGGCCGCACCUUGCCAUCCGAGUCCAAAUAGUCUGGCUCCAACGCUGAAGUGUUCGCUGGCCAUGAAGCCAAAUGACUUAGAGCUCCCCUGCUGGCUGGCUGCGGUAUAAACCAAGAGGCCAAACUAUGGAAUCAAAAUAUGAAUAUUUUUUUCUUCCACAUGAUUUUUACGGUUUUCUCUUUGUGAGCUGAUUUAUGUCCAAGUGGAGAGGAGGGGGUGUAAUAUCAUGAUUGACAGCUCUGUUGACCAAUGAGGCUCCUGCAGAGAUAUCUAUUUACCAGCAGGGAUGUUUCCUGUUGGACAUCAGAAAGACUGCGUGUCAAAGACGGACUCAGAGGAGACAAUCAAGUUUUUAAAAAUGGUUCUGAGGUUAAAGUGUAAAAAAAAGCAGCUCUGUAAGUGUCGACUAUCUCAGAAUUAAACAAACUCAUAACUCUC